CGGGCCGGGCCGGAGGAGCGCCCGGCAUGUCGCAAGUGCUCCCGGCGGCCGGCAGCGUCCUGCAGAGGAGCGUCGCGGCGCCCGGGAGCCAGCCGCAGCCGCAGCCGCAGCCGCAGAGUCCCGAGGAUGAUGAUCGGAAGGUCCGAAGGAGAGAAAAAAACAGAGUUGCUGCUCAGAGAAGUCGGAAGAAGCAGACCCAGAAGGCUGACAAACUCCACGAGGAGUAUGAGUGCCUGGAGCAAGAGAACACCGUGCUGCGGAGAGAGAUUGGGAAGCUGACGGAGGAGCUGAAGCACCUGAGCGAGGCGCUGAAGGAGCACGAGAAGACGUGCCCACUGCUGCUGUGCCCCAUGAACUUUAUGCCGGUGCCACGGCCGGACCCUGUGGCCGGCUGCCUGCCCCGGUGAAGCCCAAGCACCGUCCUCCUCUGCCGAGGGAGGUAGCCUUGGUCUUUUUCACACCUGGGAGGAGGAGGGCUCCCUCCGUGGCUGGGUCCAGGGGGACCUGCGGCCGGGUCACCGCCUCGGAGCUCCUGGCUGUGUCCCCAGCAGACGCCUUGCAGGGCCCUGAGUGGAUCCGGGCAGGGAGGCCACCCUCAGGAGUCACCUCCGCCCACUUUGGCAGCUAGUAGGUUCCAGUUGUGCAGAAUUAUCUCCUCUAGAAUUUGGAUAAUAAAGAUGGUUAUGAUCUCUC